GAUAAUAAUGAUCAAGAUGGCUACUACAGAAUACUCCUUGCGGUAGCGAACUGCCAAUUUCAUGGAAGCGCUCAAAACUGCGAUUUCUCACUUUUUAAGUCCCUCGCAAGCGACGGGGCCGCGCCUGGGAUUAUACUUUAUGGAUUAAAACGGGUUAAGAGGAGAUAAAAGUGAUUGUAUUGUCUGCAGCACUCAUUCUGAGGACGCUAGCUAGCAGAGCUACUAGCUAGUUGUACUUGUCGACCAUCUGCAGGUUAAGCUCUCCAGCCAGCGGCACGGGAGUGCGGCGCUGCCCGUUUCGCGUGUCCGCUCGUCGCACGGAGAGCGUCAAAUGGCAGAGCCGAGGAAAGUGCCGUUUGUCACCAUUUCAUCUUUCACCACCUCGCCGCCGACCCCUGAGUCCAGCAAGAAGCGUCGCCGCGAAGAUGAGGCCGUCGAGAUCACUUUUGGGAAAGAUGGAGGUGGAAGUGCGGCGGCGCUGGGGUCAGGAGGAGGAGGAGGCGGCGGCGGCGGCGGUGGCGGCGGGGGGCUGUUUGGCAACGCGAAAGGAAGCGACGCCGAGACCGAGGAGACGAAACCUACCGUCCGCCUCAUCCUCCCGCUGACGGAGCCGAGCGAACGAGGCUCCGCCGAGUUCAACUACGGCGAGUUGGUGAACUCAACAGUUUCUCAGGUUAAGCAUGUUGCUCCAACAGUCCCUAAAGGGCUCACUCCUCCUCUGGACCCCAAUGACCCUUUUGCUGAUGAUGAGAGGGAAAGACGUGAGGUUGAGGCGCUGGCCAAGAAAUUUGAGAGCAAAUAUGGCGUUGUCCCCAAGAAAAAGAAAAAGGACAGAAUGCAGGAUCUUAUUGAUAUUGGAUAUGGCUAUGAUGAGACUGACCCAUUCAUAGACAAUUCAGAAGCUUAUGAUGAGCUGGUACCGGCCUCACUCACCACAAAACACGGAGGCUUCUACAUCAAUACUGGCACUCUGCAGUUCAGAGCAGCAUCUGACUCUGAGGGAGAAAAUGCAGGCAUGGAGCAGAAUCACUUCAAGAAGAUGAAAGAUGGCGAAGAGAGGGUGAUUAAGAAAAGACGGAAAAAGCCAGAUGGAAUCCUGGAGGAAAAGAAACCCAAGAAGAAUAGAGUACCAAAGUCUGGCAGCGUUUCAGCCCUGGGUAUUCAUCGUCCAGAAAAGAAAAAGCGGAAGAAGCUGAUGAAGGACUCUCUCCACUUGGCCAACAUGCUGCGUCGUUUCAACAGGGAGAAGGACGAGAUGCGCAAGAAGAAUAUAGCUGCUGGUGGUCUGCAGCGGUCCAACGCCAAAGUGCCCCAUACCAACAGUGCAGUCCUCAACGCCCACCCAAAGGCUGCCGGUGGAAACGACUGCACAAUGGUUGACCUGAGUUCCGACCCGGCUGUGAUGUCACUGCUGGGUACGGCUAAUAAUGACAUACUGCAGGACAUGAUGGGCGACCUGGACUUUGGAAUGCUGGACUCGCCUCAGCCCUCCAGUCCAGCGCAGGGAGAGAAUGGUUCCUUUGGAAUGGGACAUAAAGCAGGUGUAAGCAGAGUGCCACAGGGCAACAUGAUGACUCCUCCCCCUCUGCCUAGUGGACUCCCAGGCCCUCUCUCAAAACGCAUUGAGGACCUGAGAGCGGCGUCCCGUUUGUUUGACGAAGAGGGCAGAAAGAAAUUCUUCACUUUGGACAUGAACAACAUCCUACUAGAUAUUGAGUUGCAGGUUCAGGAGCAGCCUACAGAGGUACGCUCAGCUGUCUACUCUCACCUUGAGGCCUUUGUGCCCUGCAAUAAAGAAGCUCUACUCAAACGCCUUAAGAAGCUCAGCCUCAACAUACAGGAUGACCGUCUUCGCGCUCCCCUGCUGAAACUGAAGCUAGCGGUGUGCAGCGUGAUGCCUGAGCAGAUUGCUCGAUACAACAUGGACUGUAUUGCCAAAGUGGCAAAGCAACAGUCUGGGGAGGGAGAGAAGAAUGGGUCAGAGGACGAUGAUGACGAGAAACCGGGGAAGAGAGUGAUGGGGCCUCGGAAGAAGUUUAUCUGGGACGACAAACUCAGGUCAUUGCUGUGUAACCUGGUGCGGGUCAAACUGAGUUGUUACGAGCUGGAGGGUAAGAACACGCAGUCUCUGGAGGAUUACCUCAAAGCCUUCAUGGAGACUGAAGUCAAACUUCUGUGGCCGAAAGGCUGGAUGCAGGCCAGGAUGCUGUUCAAAGAGAGCGUCAUGGCUCAUGGUCACAUCACAGGUUACACAGCAAAGAAGAAGAUGGUUCCUCCUCCCAAGGCAAAGCCAAAGGAGGCUGUCUGGGUUCGAGCCACACCUUCAGCAGGUGCCACUCCCUCCCCUGCUGCCCAGGUUGCCAGGCGACCACCUCAGAAACCGUCUGAGCCCAUAUGUGUGGAUUCCCUUGAUGAGGAUCUGGCGGCUCCCUCAUUAGACUCCAUUUCCCAGGCCCUUGCCAUCCUUGGCAACGCAGCCAAAGGCCUGGCUCAGGGGGAAAGCCCGCCGUCGCCGGAAGGACCCAGGACAGCCACCAACCCCUCCUCCCUCCACACCUUGCCACUAGUUCAGCAGCAGAAAAAGAACACCGUCAGCACUCCCACCUCCAGCACACCUCACUACAUCUCUACCUCUUUGUCUUCCUCCACCUCUCUGUCUCGGCCCCCCUCCACCAUGUCCUCUCCUCUGCCCUCUGUGAGGGUAGAUGGGAUGGGGGUUGUCAAGGCCAUAACACAGGCACACAGACACUCAGUUUUGAACACUCAGAGACCUAUGGGUGCAGCAAAAGUAAACAUGUCUGCCUCAUCACCGUUACCUAAACCUCGCCCACCACCCACUUCGUCUCCACUCGUGCCCCCAGGAUCAAAGACGGUGGUCUCCACCCCUCUGUCUGGCCUCCUCAAAGGCAGCAAUAAUAUUAAAGCCAACAGCAGUGACACGCUCAUCCUCACAUCACCCCAGUCUCGGCUGCACACCCAUUCAUCCACCUCACUUCUGACGCCCAAAACCUACCAGACUCCUCGCCUGCCCCACUCCACGCUGAGUAAAUCCUCCCCCUCUCAUUCCCUCUCUCAGACUCAUUCUAGUAUUCAGCCCCGGCCGCAGUCUAACUUCAUCACCCCUAUGCAUGCCACUCUCACCAAGUCUUCACACAGCAGUAUACCGCCUAUUGUCAAACUUACUCCCCGAACACCAAACCCCACUGUCACCGUCACCACCUCGGCAUCACCCUCCAUCUUGCAAAACCCCAGGUCUCAGGCAACUCCCACCAUUCUCAAGUACUCUCCCCAAACCAUAGCAGGGUUCCGCCCGACGUUCUCAGGUGCCCAUGGAGGAGCAACCAAGCCAGGGCAAGGCAGCUACACCUCUCCAGGCAGCCAGAAGACCCUCAGCAACAACAGCACCAACAACACCAGCCUUAUCAACACCUCGUCCAUAAGCAAGCAUUCAGGGUCUAGUGCCUCCCCCAUAGUGACCUCUGUUAACCCAGGUCAGCGUCCGAGGCCCGUGAGUGUGACACCUCAGGGCGCCAAGUCCAUCGCGUCUGUGUCAUCGUCAUCUGUGUCGUCUCAGUUGUCACAGGUCUCCACAACAGGUAGCAGCACUCUGGUACCCUCGUCUCUCUCUCUAGGGUAUGGGAUGCUUGGGGGCCUAGUGCCUGUGUCAUUGCCCUUCCAGUUCCCCUCGCUACUGAACCUGCCUUCACUGGGUACAGCAGGCUCCAGCGAAGCAGCCAGCGGCUCCACGGCCAGUAGCAAUGCAGCGUUCUCCACCCUGACCCAGAAUCUGUAUAAGAGUCUCCAGUCAGGGUCUCUGCCUCCUCACAUGCAGCUCGCUUUCUCAGAUGUCAGUCAAAGCCAGGGAGGAGAUGCUAAGAGGAAGACGCUAUGAUGCAGCAGGAUCUCUACACCCAGCAGACAAAAUGUCAGGAUUAAGAUGGACGUGGCUUUGGGGGAUGACACCCGUGUGUCUGUUAAUACAGACUGAACGACUCUUGGGAUUCUUGAGCUGAAAACAACUUAAGUUUUAACGAGUACCACAGCUGAAUAUAACUUUUUUAAACAGUUUGAUAAGUUUUAAAUACUAUUCUUCAUAGAGUUGUUAAAUGAAAUGACAAAAUACAUUUGUCAAUGUUUACAAGAUAGACCUAUAUCACUGUGGACAGGGAGGAGUGAAUGAGUUUUUUAAGUGAGGGUGUGUGAAUGUGUGUGUUAUGUGUGGGGAAAGUGUGCCUUUGUACAUGUCCCUCUCUGAUGCAUGGUCAGUGUCUUAUUUGGUGCUGUUUUUAUCCUAAUGUAAUUAUCACUGAUACCUGUAAGAAAUGUAAACUGCAAAUUGAUGGAUUUGAGCUUUUUUCAAUGAAAGAUGAACACUUUUUCAUCAUACUUGAACUUGAAUGAAUUCUACUCUGUACAGAACUCAAGCUGACUUAAUUAAAUCUUUGCUUUCA